CACUACUUUAAAGUUUACGUUUAAAUCAAUUCUAAUCACAAACCAUUUACAGAAACAAGUCGUUUAAGUUUUAAAUCUGUGAAAAUAAUGAAUCUUGCUUUUGCAUCCUUGAUAUUUUGUUUGUUAUGUAUUGAUUAUUCGUGCGGAGGUCCAAACUUUAAAAUUACCCAGUGUUCCAACUCAACUGGUGACAAUUCUAAUGGAAUAUGCGACAGCUGUGUUAAAUACGACCAUAAUAAGGAUUUGAAGUUUUGUUCAAGCAAAUUACAGCUUUGUAAGUUCGAAUUCAACUCCACAAACUUUACAUGGCGGUAUAAUAAAACUUUCUGUGAAGCUGAUUCAAUAUCUAUUGUUCUUUAUAACGAAAACAUUAGAGACAAUCGUUUCGUGGAAGGUUGCUGUGGAGUCAAACUUGAACAAAUGUCUUGUCAACCCAAACAUUGCGAACCAUCUGAACAGCUGGUUUAUUUCGUACAAGAUAAAAACAAAAAGAUGUUGUGUGCCCACCAAUAUUAUCACACGAUAAAAUGUCCAGUUAGAGAACAACAACAACCGAAAGACUUUAUAUGGUAUUGCGCAAACGGUACAGCGGAACAACAAGAUUUUCGCAAGCGAUUCAACGCCACAUGUUUUGUAUACGACAAACUGAAUGAUAAGUAUACGUUUCGUGAUGAAGUACAUACCGAGUACACAAGUCAGAAGGGGUUUAUUACACAUAAGAAAAGUGGAAUGUGGAAUGCAUUUAAGGAGGCGUGUAUUUUCUAUUUAAAUGAAGAAACUGUUUUGAAAUAUGCACACAACAGCAGUGGAAAAGCGGUCGAUCUUCUGUUUCAACGCCAGGCAUUUGAUAUGAGGACGCUACCAAAAGAGUUUGUUGACAAUUGUACAAUCCAAAAGUUUGGCAAUGCCAGUAGUUUUUUCGACAUGACGUCACCAACUAAUGACUAUAUCUGUAUGAGGAAGUGGUCAGGCUUUCAAUUCCGAUGUAUUGAACCGGAAGUGACAAAAGCCGUGGAUAAUCGUCCAGAAGUCUCAGCCAAUACUGAAUUCACCUUCAUUGUUGUUAUUGUAGCCGUUGUAGGAAUGAUAUUUCUUGCCUUUCUUGUUUAUUUUGGUUUCCCGGUUUGUGCUGUGCAAGUUAAACUAUUCAAAGAUACGAAAAAGAUUGACCCCGUCACACAAGGGAUGUUCAAUCGUUCGGAUUUGAAAUAUAUAUUUGUCGACAGUAAGGAAAAAGAAAUUUACGAAAGUGGGUUUGCAGCUAUUGUCGCUUCCCCAGUGCAAGCGGUACAACACCCGUGUAAAGAAACAAACAGAGCCCCUCUUUCAUCACAAGCUGUAUAUGACGCCCCCGCCGCACCCAACGCCUUUCAAGAAGGGAAUGGUUGUUUAACAGAAGGUAUGGGAUUAUAUUAAUUGUAUCUUGUAUACGAACCACUAAUGGUGUCUCUAACCGCAA